UCGGUCUGAAGUUACCACAACAGGAAGCGUCACUGUGCUAAAAACAUUGGAGUAGGAAAAGUGCAACAAAACGCUGUCGAACACGAAGCUGCAGGAAUGUUUCCUUUUAAGAAAAUGUGUUGAUUUGUGAAAUAAUAUUUUUAUAAUCCACAACUUCUCUUCAUUUGAUCGGCAUCCAUCUUGAGAACUGUCGAAUUUGCGUCACUAGCAGCCCUCGAUAGAUAGCUUGUGUUGACCAAAAUGGAUGACAGCAAGAUGGUGGGAGGUAAAGUCAAGAAACCCGGUAAACGAGGCCGUAAACCCGCUAAGAUUGAUCUGAAAGCGAAGUUGGAGAGGAGCAGGCAGAGCGCCCGGGAGUGCCGAGCCAGGAAGAAACUCCGGUAUCAGUACCUAGAGGAACUCGUGUCCAGCAAGGAGAGGGCCAUCUGCGCCCUGAGGGAGGAGCUGGAGAUGUACAAGCAGUGGUGUACAGCCAUGGACCAGGGGAAGAUCCCGUCUGAGAUAAAGGCCCUACUGACGGGAGAUGAACAGAAGCCUCCUCAGAGCUCCUCCACCAAGAGCUCCAAGAACAGCAACCAGAGCUAAUGUGUUGGGAGUGCCAGACCAGAACUAGUCUGACUGUCAGUUUGUUAGAGGUGGCAGCCCUGGGUUGUAUUCAUUAGGGAAAUUAUAUCAAAUGUUGUGCAACAGAAAACAGGGUGUUCAUAUAAUACCUACCCCCUUUUUCCAUCCCGUUUGCUUCCGUUUGUUGCCCUGGUGAAUACGACCCAGAGUGAGUCUGUCUGAUGAAAGGUUCCAGACCAGAGCUAGGCAGUAGGUACUCAGUCUGUCUAAUGAAAGAUUCCAGACCAGAGCUAGGCAGUAGGUACUCAGUGUCAUGCCAGACCACUCCACUGUAUAAGGCCUCUGUGACAGAGAGUGAAGAGGUGUCUUCGUUAAUGUUAGUAAUGUGAGAUGUUAUUAGCUGCAGCUAUAGACACCUUUAGACAGCAGUAUUAUUGAACAGUCUAUGUUAAUCUCCAUGUUUUAGCUUCUACGUGUGAGAAUUGAGGAAGUGUUUAAUGGUACAUGGAUGAAACCAGGACAGAAGAAGUGAAAGGGUUUAGGCUGUGCAUGUCCUACCUGGCCUAGACAUUCAGACAAAACAAAGCACAUAUUCACCUUCAAAUAAGGAAUUACUCUUUGACCUUUUAUUGGUUAGUUUGUGUUGGGAAAGGAGCAGAACUAUGGUAACAUCCCAAAUGGCACUCCAUUCCCUAAAUAGAGCCCUGGUCUAAAGUAGUGCACUAUAUAGGGAAUAGGGCACCAUUGGGGACGUGUAUAUCUUGUCAUAGCAGAAAAGAUGUCAUGUAUCUGCAGAGAUGAUGUAAUGAUAUACAGCACUGUAUGUUGAAUUUAUUUAUAUAUUUGUAUUGGAUCACAGAAAGCCCUUUUUCCCCGGUUUUGUAGUGUGAUGUUGUAGAACGUAUAGAAGGUCUGACAGACAAAAGAAAGAUCUUUCCCAUUUUGUAGAGAUGUUCAAGUCUCUUGUUUGUGUGAAAGGCUAGAAUGGGGACACGUCCUUACCAGAACAGAAGCUGCUGAGGCAUUGCUCCACCUAUGUUGUCUUUCAGUAACAUUACAUUGUAUCAUGUGGUAUCUAAUCGAGGCCUAGACGACUCAUGUUCUUUCACCAUAAUGCAACCAAAAUAUAGUAGCCUGUACCUGUUUUGGUUUACAAAUGAUGAUUCUAUUGUCCUAAGGAAAUUAAAUAAGGACUCAUUACUAGACAUUCA